UUCCUAACCCCUCAGCACACCCCACCACUCCCAGGAAAGUGUGUGGGGCCCCGUGCCGGCUCAGGCCCCACUGCACUCCCGCUCUCCUGGCCCAUGAACCCUGUGGCUCAUCAAUGACCCAUCAUGCCCUUGGCCUCUGCGUGUGCUCUUCCCACUGCCAGGUCAGCUGAGCCGUCAUUGUUUGGGGAAACAUUCUCUGAUGAUGAUGGAGGUGAUGACAAUGAAGAGGAUGGUGGUAAUGGCGGUGAAGAUGAUGACAAUGAAGAAGAUGGUGAUGAAUAUGAUGAUGGUUAAGAUGUUGACAGUGAAGAUGCUGGUGACGAUGGUGAAGAAGAUGGUGAUGAAGAUUGUGGUAAUGAUGGUGAAGAAGAUGACGGUGAAGAUGGUGAUGAUGGUGAUGAAGAUGAUGGUGAAGAUGAUGGAGGUGAUGAAGAUGAUGGUGAUGAAGACGAUGGUGAAGAUGAUGGAGGUGAUGAAGAUGAUGGUGAUGAAGAUGAUGGUGAUGAAGAUGAUGGAGGUGAUGAAGACGAUGGUGAAGAUGAUGGAGGUGAUGAAGAUGAUGAUGAUGGAGGUGAUGAAGAUGAAGAUGAUGGUGAUGGAGACGAUGGUGAAGGUGAUGAAGAAGACGGCAGUGACGAUGAUGAAGCAGCAGUCACCUGGUCUGCACGGGGCUCCGUGUGGACAAGCUCAUCUAACUGACUCACAGGGAGGGGCUGCCAUCACCGAGUCCUACGGGCUCAGGAGGAGGCAGGGCCGCAUGCCUCCUGGGAGCACAGGUGUCAUCAGUAUGUCUCCUAGGACGUAGGGGCUCCCUCCAUGGAGACACUGCCCAGCCAGAGGCUUCUCUGGGACAAAGGGGAAGCACUGACCCUGGACACCAUCUCUCAGUGCAUAGCAGGCAGGCUUCGUCAGGUCCCCAGACUGACUGCGUCCUUCUUGUCUCCUUGGCACUGACCCUGGCCUAAUGCCCAGGAGGACCCUCAUCCACAACCACCUGUGGGACCCUUGACCCUCUCUCACAUCCUCCUGGUCCACACAUAUGACCCCUGACUCUCUCCCGCGUCCCCCCGGCCACCCCUGUGACCCCUGACUGUGUCCCAGCCCUUGCCUGUUUUCACCUGUGCCUGCUGCCUGCUGUCACCUCCCCAUCUCCUGGUGCUGCCCGUACCCAACUGUGUCCCUAGACUGUGUCCCAUCAGAAGCUGUGCACUGUCCCCUGCCAUCACACCCUGCUGGGAAGAGGGGCUACUGCCAGGCUGGACAUACUGCCCCAUCAGGGCCUGGGAAGGCAGGUGUCAGCGGUCCCUCUCCAGGGCCAGUGAUGCCACAUCAGGAGCCCUGGAGUGGAGAGGCGGCAGUGGCAGGUCCACGCGGGACCCAGGCCGAGCGGAGAGAUGAA